AUGGUGGCGGGCGCGGCGGUGUACCCCGCUGGAUGGAACGAGCUCGCGGUGCAGGAGACCUGCGGCCCCACUGCUGACCAGUACAACAUAGGGCGGUGUCACGUUCGCUGGGCAUAUCUGCUGGCGGUGAUCGGGUGCCUGGACGGCAUCGUGCUGGCCGUUCUCGCGUUCAUCCUGGCGACGCGACACGUUAAGCUGCAGCCGGAUACUGCGUACCCACCACCCUCUUUAUACAAAGGCGAGGUGAACAACGCGUACGUGACGGACGGGCAGUCGGUGGCGGGGUCGCGCAAGUCGCUGGCGCUGCAGCCCGUGCUGCUCGUGCGCCCGCCGCCCGACCUCGACGCCUACUCGCACUACUCGCACCCCUCGCACCACUCGCACCACUCCUCCAGGACCCCGCGACCCAAGCAUGGCCUCUACGCUAACGCCAUGCACAACUAUCAUUAG